CGCCGACUCCAUUUCCACCCCACGACCAUCGACGACCAGCAAGUUUUGAACCUCACACACAGGUUCAAUUCACUCUCACAAACCACAAUCAUGGCUUCCGGUGUCCCAGGUGCCGCUAUCUCCAAGAGGAGGAAGUUCAUCGCCGAUGGUGUCUUCUACGCCGAGCUGAACGAGUUCUUCCAACGCGAGCUUGCUGAGGAGGGAUACUCCGGUGUCGAAGUCCGCGUCACCCCCACCGUCACCGACAUCAUCAUCCGCGCAACUCACACCCAAGAAGUCCUCGGAGAGCAGGGACGUCGCAUCCGCGAGCUCACAUCCCUGAUCCAGAAGCGCUUCAAGUUCCCAGAGAACUCCGUCUCCCUCUACGCCGCCAAGGUCCAGAACCGUGGUCUCUCCGCCGUCGCCCAGUGCGAGUCCCUCCGCUACAAGCUCCUCAACGGUCUCGCCGUCCGUCGUGCCUGCUAUGGUGUCCUCCGCUUCAUCAUGGAGUCUGGCGCCAAGGGUUGCGAGGUUGUCGUUUCCGGUAAGCUGCGCGCCGCUCGUGCCAAGUCCAUGAAGUUCACCGACGGAUUCAUGAUCCACUCCGGUCAGCCAGCCAAGGACUUCAUCGACUCCGCUACCCGCCACGUUCUCCUCCGCCAGGGUGUCCUCGGUAUCAAGGUCAAGAUCAUGCGUGGAUCUGACCCUGAAGGAAAGUCCGGACCAACCAAGUCCCUCCCCGACUCCGUCACCAUUAUCGAGCCAAAGAACGAGGACCCAGUCGUCCAGCCAAUGUCCCAGGAUUACGGUGCAAAGGCCCAGGCUGCUCAGGCCGCCGCUGAGGCUCAGCGUGCUACCGAGCAGGGUGAGGGUGAGGCUGCUGCCACUGAGGAGCAAUAGGUCAUUGGUGUCUGAUAUCGACGGGCGUGUGGGUCAUUUGCAUUCGAGCUUUACGGUAUAUCCUGCCGGAGGCUUGUACCGUUACAAUAAUUGAACGGGUUCACAAACAAAAGAUUAUGACGUGCCAAUGAAUAUGUGAAGUUUCCACAGACUAGAACCUUUUUUGUCUUGCUUUUUAUGUGCAGUGCUAUCACCAGGCCUAGAUUUUAGAAAUUUGAUCAUCGUUGUACGCUUAUGCCAUAUAACUGAUGUAUAAGUACAUUUAACCCAAAAUGCGAGCUG